AUGAGAAAACCACAUGAACAUGACAUACCAACGGAUGAUGACUCUGAAUCCAUCCCGCAAGCGAUUGGUAGCUACCUCAGCGAUGCUCCGGAGCUCGACUUGAUCACGAUCGACAUAGCACAGAUUGUCGAUUGCCUGUACAGGAUUUCGAUAAGUCUUCGCGCUCACUCAUCAGUUAAUAGAUAUGCGAAGGCUGCAGCUUUCGACACCUCCUCGUUCUUACCGUUCGAUACCGAAUAUGUUCGAGAAAAGUUUCCUGAGGCAAAGAACCAACUAUGUUCGCGGAUGGGGAAAGCUAUUUCGAAACGCAGGCAAUAUCUAAAAUACCGAGAGCAUCACGCGGCUAAGCUGGCCCAAGGUCUCCCAGAACACAAAGACAUAAACAUAGCUUUAAGCGAGACUACCGCAUCUACAUUUAUAGAUCCAUUGGCCACACCAGAAAUUACGCGCCGAGAAGCAGAAUCUGCCGACAUCAGCAACAUUGCUGAUACAAUGUCUGAAACGACUUAUACAACAAUACUCGGAGACUCUGAACGGCUACGCUUGCCUCGUAUGCCGAAGGAAGCCUCCAUCGGACAAGCAUUCGAGUGUCCACUUUGCCGAAAAAUCGUGCAGUUCGAGACGACCAGGACAACGCAUUCCUGGAUGAAACACGUAUUCUCGGAUCUGCAGCCGUAUAUAUGUACCUUCGAAGAAUGCGAUAAAGAGGAAGAGACAUUCGAGAGUCGGCAUCGGUGGUUCGCCCAUGAGCUCAGAUUCCACAGGCGUUUAUGGACGUGCUAUGGUCAUUGCGACCAAAAAUUCUCUAGCGGAACCUCAUUCCGCGAGCAUGUGCGGAAAUCUAGACACAUUGCUGAAAACCAGCUCCCUGCAUUGGCCGAGAUGUGUGAAGGCCCGAUAGAUGUAGCCUCGAAGACAAGGUGCCCGUUGUGCCUUGCGGAGGUAACUGGAAUCAAGAAGCUCGAGAAGCACAUUGGCAGGCACAUGGAGGACGUGGCACUCUUUGCGCUUCCUACGAGCAGUUUCGACGAUGACUCUCCCGCCCGAGAAUCAGUAAAUGCGGAACCUUUAUCAAAAGAUAAGCCUGAAGGGUCCCCCGCUGUACGAACUUCAAGAUAUCCCUAUCUGGCAAAAGCAAAGAUGUCAUACCGCGCAGAUCCCAGCCAUCCACGAGAGAUUAGCUUUGUCAAAUCUGAGAUCUUGGCAAUUGCGACAAACCGCACCCAGUCAAGUUGGUGGGAAGCGAAGAGAGAGAAUGGGGAAAUAGGGAUGGUUCGUUCCUCUUAUCUAGAUAUUGAAGAGAUGGAGGAUAAAGCUGUCGCUGGAAGAAUGAUAAGGGAUGCAGAGACUGACAGAGAUUAUCCCUAUCUCGCGAAGGCAAUUUACUCCUAUGAUGCCAAUCCUGACAAGGCCGAUGAAAUCAGUUUCACAAAAGGCGAGAUCAUGGCUGUCUCUGAUGUUUCAGGAAGGUGGCGGAAGGUUAGAAAGGGUAACGGUGAAACUGGAAUUGCACCAUCACACUAUCUUAUUCCAUUUUAA